AUGCAGCUAUAUAUAGACUUAGGCCUUGUAAGUUCUAACACCAUGGUCGGAUCUGAAGAUAGCGUCGCCUUCAGAGUAACCUCUGCCCAAACCAAAGCCGACACCAACCCAGACAGGGAAGCUUCUUCUCUUGAAGAACAAGAUAGAUGCCAAGACGCCACCGCCAAAACCCAAGCCGGUUUUGAUCAAAGUGUUGGACAAGACGAGGUCCCACUAAAGAAAGUUAGUUUUCACGAAUGCAAUAACAUCAACGUAAGUGAGACAUACCUUAUCGUUCAACAAGUUUUGGGAAGUGGAAGGAACUUCUUUCAAUUGUUCAGACAUUUCGUUUAUGCUGCAGAGUGUUUGUUAGUAUGCGGUCUUGCUUGUGAUUGCCCAAAAAGAUCAAGUAGUGGAGGCCCCGGGGUGUACGGGUGCCGAAACAAGUCCCCGAGACGAAGUAGGGCCCAAUUCUAG